CUUGGAACCUCAGCUUUCUAAGUGAGUCGGGUCUAAAGCAGGUGUGCAACCUUUGCUAGAUAAAGCAAGAUAAAAAAUACUUAAAUGGAAGAACAAGGGGUGGAACACACUGCAGAGCUUACUAUACCGCGAAAGUAGGAUUAUUGUCUCCAGUGACAGUCAUGCAGGUCCCCUUCUGAAAUUAUCUUGAAGAUACUCUUUUAAGUUCAUGCCUUAGUGCAGGACUUGAGCAAAACAUCCCCUUCUUCUGGAGUCUGUGAAAGAAUCGUCAAUUAGUCUCAAGAGAAAGGAUGCCUGUCCUAGAAAAAUCCACCAAGGAAAAAGAGAGACCAACUGCCAGGAGAAGUAGCUAUGUACUACCCAAGCUGCCUGUUCCACCUCUGCAGCAAACACUGGACCUGUACCUAAGAUGCAUGAAACACCUUGUAACAGAGGAGCAGUUCAGAAGAACCCGGAUUGCUGUGGAAAAGUUCAGAGCCACAGGAGGGGUAGGGGAAUUCCUUCAUCAAAAACUUCUGGAGAGACGAGAAAAAACAAGCAAUUGGGUGUAUGACUAUUGGCUGGAUGACAUGUAUCUCAACAAUCGACUGGCUCUUCCUGUAAACUCAAGCCCUGCAAUGAUCUUCCCAUAUCAAAACUUUCGGACCACAGAUGACCAGCUAAGGUUUGCUGCAAAUCUUAUUUCAGGUGUGCUGGAUUACAAGGCAAUGCUUGACGUACAUGCUUUGCCGAUAGAUUAUGCCCGAGGACAGCUGGCUGGAGACCCCCUUUGUAUGGAGCAAUACUAUAGACUCUUCUCUUCCUAUCGCUUACCAGGACACAAGAAGGACACCCUUGUGGCCCAGAAGAGUAGUGUAAUGCCUGAACCAGAACACAUCAUUGUUGCAUGUAAAAACCAGUUCUUUGUGCUGGAUGUUGUCAUCAACUUCCGACGUCUUAGUGAAGGGGACCUAUUCACUCAGCUGCGAAAAAUUGUAAAGAUGGCAGAAAAUGAAGAGGAAAGAUUACCACCCAUAGGCCUGCUGACAAGUGAUGGAAGAACAGAAUGGGCCGAAGCCAGAGCAGUCCUUGUGAGAGAUUCCACGAACAGAGACUCUUUGGAUAUGAUUGAACGCUGUAUAUGUCUGGUAUGUCUGGAUGAACCAACCUCAGUGGAGCCCACAGAUACUAAUCUUGCCCUGCAAAUGUUACAUGGAGGAGGGUGUGAUAAAAACAGUGGAAAUCGAUGGUAUGAUAAGCCCAUGCAGUUUAUUGUAGGAAGGGAUGGAGCAUGCGGUACAAUUUGUGAACACUCGCCAUUUGAAGGGAUCGUCCUUGUUCAGUGUACAGAACAUCUCUUGAAAUACAUGAGAGGAAGCCCUAAAAAGUUAGUGAGAGCAGAUUCUGUAAGUGAACUUCCUGCUCCAAGAAGGCUUAGAUGGAAGUGCUCACCUGAAAUCCAAGGCUGUUUGGCUGCAUCAGCUGAAAAACUCCAAAGGCUAGUAAAGAAUCUGGACUUGAACGUAUACAAGUUUAAAGGUUAUGGGAAGAAUUUUAUCAAGAAGCAGAAGAUGAGCCCAGAUGCCUACAUUCAAGUGGCUCUUCAGCUGACCUUCUACAGAUGUCAUAAGAAACUUGUUCCGACAUAUGAAAGCGCUUCUACUCGUCGUUUCCAGAAUGGAAGGGUAGACAAUAUCCGUUCAUCAACCCCCGAAGCACUGGUAUUUGUCAAAGCAAUGACUGAUGGGAAAAUAUCAGUACCAGACUCAGAAAAAAUGCACUGUCUUCGAGACGCUAUCGCUGCACAGACUCAUUAUACCAUUCUAGCCAUUAAAGGAAUGGCCAUAGAUAAUCACAUGCUAGGUCUGCGAGAGUUGGCACGAGAGCUACAAAUGGAAAUGCCCAGCAUCUUUACAGAUGAAACAUAUCUGAUAAGCAAUCGCUUCAUCCUUUCCACUAGCCAGGUCCCUACAACUAUUGAGAUGUUUUGUUGUUAUGGGCCAGUUGUCCCAAAUGGUUAUGGUGCUUGCUACAACCCACAGUCAGAUGAUAUACGCUUCUGCAUUUCAAGUUUCAGAGACUGCAAAGAUACGUGUUCUACAAGAUUUUCAAAAGCUCUGGAAGAAAGCCUUACAGAAAUGAAAGAAUUGUGCAAUAAAUGUAACGCCGCUGCUGCCAAGCCAUGCGAAGAACCAGAAGCUCUACAAAAAGUUCAAAAUGGAAGUAGUGCAUAGCACUCUCAUUGCCGACCAAUUUCCAAAUUACUUGUCUUUCUUACAGAAAUAAAUGCUAAAAUGAUAUUCUCUACAACUAAAGAAAAUGGAAUAAGUGUUUUAUCACUUUCCCCACAGUAGAUUUGUCAAAAUGCUAAAUGAUGCCAUUUCUGAUAUUAUAAGCCUGCAAGUAUGUCACACCCUUAGAAAAUUAUUCAAAGAGAAGCAUACCAAGUCUGUAUCAUCAGCUAAAACAUGUUUUCCAAAGGCUAGCGACAUCUUGAUUAUGUACCCUAUAGGUUCUAGACAUCUUCAGCUCUAGCCAAAGACAUAGUGUUUCUGCAUAGAUGCUGUUUGAUAUUUUCCUACGCAAACUGUACCAAAAACCUAAACUGAUUGCUACCCUGCAAAUUACUAUACUUGCUAACUUGCAGGCAGAAUACUCAUUCUAAUUAUAGAAUUAAACUAUGCUAUGACCUUAAAAAAUACAUAUGUAUCAAUAUACAAAUUAAAUUUAAAUCAAACUAUAGUCAGAAGUCAAAAGCUUGUACCCAUAUUGUGGCGUAAACUACCUAUAUAUAUCAGCAUUACUAACUAUA